AAAAAAAAUAAAAUAAAAUAAAAAAAUAUAUAAAAGUAGUACCCUGGGUACGGCCAGAACCUCCAGACUUAUCUCGUGCAGUGACGUUUUUAGAGCCAGUAAACAAAUUAAAUUUGUUUAAACAAGUGCUGUUGCAGAUAUGACAGAAAUAAGUGCAGGAAAAUUUCUCCAUGGGCCAUUAGGCGAUACUUUUAAUCACUCAAGUAUGAAAAUAACAACAAAACUUUGAAAGCUCACAGCUGUCGUAUUGCGUGACCGACGUCAAACCUGCAAAACCGGUUUACCGUAAAUUACCUAAUAAACGCCCCCUAUCUAAAGAACGCGUCUGAUCUAAUGAACGUCCUCCCUAAGCUUACAAAUUUGUAAUGAACGCUCCUCUCUAAUAAACGCCCCUCCAACCCCCCCCCCCCCCCCCCCUCCCGGCUCCCUUCCCUUCCAGCUAAAAGCAAACGACAUAGGAAUUCCGGAAAUAUAAAUGGUAAUUUGAUUGCCUUCUUGCUUCAUCAACACUGGUAAGCGAGUAGCGUUUUGUUCAAUGUCAAGUUCAAAAAGAGGGUACCGCCUUCUAACGUUCCUGAUCUCAUUGCUCAGGUUGGAUUUGUUAUAUAUUUACAGUUUGUAAAGAACGCCCCUUUCUAAUAAACGCCUCCUAUCUAAUAAAAGCCCCCCUCGGGCCAUCGAAAUUUAAUAAACGCCCCGAGCGUUUAUUAGGUCAUUUUACAGUAGGCAUGUAAUUCGAGGCUGGAACUGGAAAAAGCUACUCGCCCGCCCAGAGCCUCCUCGCUUCGCUCGUCGCGGCAUUUCGGCCGAGCGUCACUGGGCGAGAAAAGUCUGGAGGCUCCGGUACCCAGGGUAUAGUAGCAGUAGCUAGCCUCGCCUUAAAAAACCCGCACAUUCAUGGGAUACCUGUGGUGACUUGCUUGGAGCUAGCUGGCACGAGUCAUCUGAUUUUAUCCAAUCACAGUCAAGAUUACACAGUUCAAAUUUUGUCUCAAAAACAUCACAAAAAAAUGUCGGAGCUUGAAGGAAAAUGUGAAGGAAAGGCUUCAGCAGGUCAUAAGGAUUUAGCCAAAUCUACAGAGGUCCAGCAAGAAAGGCUAGGCUCUGGAUUUUACCCAUGGAAAGAAGAGAUUGCGCGUGGAUCGGUUGACAAAAAAGCAGUUGAUCGAAUUCUAGAACGUCGAACAACGGAAAUUCGAGAAUGUUACGAGAUCAUAGACAACCAAAAAAUGAAAAAGUCUCUAGAAGAAGAAUGGAUCGCGCUGGUUAUCGAAAAAGAUAAGAGUUUGCGGAGGAAAAUUGAAGAAGAAAAUGAGCAAUUGAAGAGAGAAUACCUUCAACAAUUACAUAAAACUCUUGAAGCUCUAAGAACAUUCGACUUUAACAAUCCCCGUGAUGCAAUUUUCAAGAGGAAUUUGGUAAAAAUGCACAAGCAAGUUGGAAACUACUGCUUGAGAGUCUAUGGAGAAAUGAAUGCCACAAAACUUCCAAUGGAAAUGGUAGUUAGAGAUGAGACACGUGAAAUAGCAGUUGUAGCUCCAAUGCCUCCACCUCCACCACCACCCCCUCCACGAUUUGUCCCUUUCACAACAGGCCCAGAUAGUCAGCAAGCAUCAUUGCGAUGGAAAAACUCAGAAUGCAUGGAGCCACACAGCUUCCAGGAACUUAUCAAAGGCAAGACACUGAGCAAAACAUCAGAUAAAAGAGAUGCUCUGUCAACCCCAACCCAGACAAUCAACCAGGAACUUCUGCAAAGGAUUAGAAAAGGAUGCCUGAGUGAGUUAAAGUCAACACCGUGUAAGCGUUCCCCAGGCGGUACACCUGUGAAAAGACAGAGGAGGCUUUCCGAAAGUGACACUUCAGAUUUAAUCACAAUAGCACUUAAAAGAAAAUUCCAGAAUGCGAUCAUGUACAGUCCUAAUGAGAACAAGUCACCAAACAUCAGGUCUCCAAGCUCUGAGUUUCCAUGAAAAAAUUUUUAGGCAAAAUGUUAUUUUUAUUUUUCAUCAAUAAGAAAAAAUGUUGUUUAUAGCUUGAUGACAAUAAAGGUGAUUAUCAUGUAAUUAUUUCACACUCAUUUGUAAAAAAAAAAAUAGUUGUUUUAAAAAUUGUCUUUGUCAUCUACCAUAAUAUAAGACAAUUAUAUAAAUACAAUGUCUGGUUAUUUCACAUUACUCACAAAUCUAUUAUCAACUCUUGUUUGUCUCUUUGUUUACAUCAUCCUCCAUGCCUUUGAUUAAAACAUCUGUUUUUUGUA